AUGACUAGAUCUAAUGCAUUUGAUCUCUCUGAUUCAGGCAUCAUGUUUCGCAAAAAGAAGAAGAAACGACCUGAGAUCUCUGCUCCGCAGAACUUCCAGCAUCGGGUCCACACCUCGUUCGAUCCAAAGGAGGGUAAAUUCAUUGGCCUGCCCCCUCAAUGGCAGAAUAUUCUAGACACCCUAAAACGCCCAAAGCCAGUUGUAGACCCUUCAAGAAUCACCAGGAUGCAGCUUCAACCUAUGAAGACUGUAGUGAGGGGCAGCAGCAUCGAACUGGAGGGAUAUAUCUCUGGGAUACUGAAUGAUAUUCAGAAGCUUUCUGUCAUCAGUUCCAACACUCUAAGGGGAAAGAGCCCGACCAGCAGGAGGAGAGCCCAGUCACUUGGACUUUUGGGAGAGGACAGGCUCCCAGACAUGUAUCUUCAGAGCCCUGAGGUCGACUGGGAAGACAAAUAUGGAAACUACCUCAACUGCAAUGGUGGAAGCAAAGCAGCCCGAAGGCAGACGAUGUGGCCAGAUUAUAAACCCAGGACGGAUGGGCAAGCUCAUCCCAAUGGUAUGGUAAUGAAAGCAAAGUCCCUUGGGCCUUCAGAGUUCCAAGGUGAGGAUGGGCGCUGCAUCCAGCUCACUUCAGUUUCGCAGCUCCAACAGCACACCUGUGUUCUGGUUGGGAAGAGUGAUAAGGCUGAAAGAAGAAGCUCAGAAUGCUGGCCCCAGCCUUGCUUGGUGGCACAAGUGAAUCCCAGGCCUUCUGGGGAGGGCAGCCCUUGUCCCAAAUCGAGGGAAAACAGCUUGAAACGAAGGCUGUUACGAAGUGUGUUUCCCUCAUCCAGUGACUCAAAUAAGUCAGGCUCCGCCCUGCAGAUUAAGUCUAAUGCUUUCUUCAGGCCCCAGCAGUGGGGUUCUCCACGCAGCCCUUCAACCAAAGCCCAGUCUCUUCCGCCUGAUCAGCCAGCACCAGAUUUAACCAGGAUGAUUUCAGAAGCUGGUACCCCCCAGAAGAGCCCAACAACUGAGAAGGCAACUACAUUGCCACAGGGCAGGCCAUCACCAGCAGGAUCCCCCCGAAACAGACACACUCAGACCAGUUCCAGCAACCUUCACCUGUCCCAAGACUCUUCCGCUAAAGGACAGUUGGCCAAUGAAGACCCUGUGGUCGUGACUCAUGAGCAGUUCAAGGCUGCACUCAGAAUGGUGGUGGACCAGGGUGAUCCCCGGACAUUGCUGGAGAACUAUGUGAAGAUUGGUGAAGGAUCUACAGGCAUUGUCUGCAUCGCUCGUGAGAAGCAUUCAGGGCGACAGGUGGCAGUAAAGAUGAUGGACCUGAGAAAGCAGCAGCGACGGGAGCUUCUUUUUAAUGAGGUGGUGAUAAUGAGAGACUAUCAGCACGUCAAUGUGGUGGAGAUGUAUAAAAGCUACCUGGUGGGAGAGGAACUCUGGGUGCUCAUGGAAUUUUUGCAGGGAGGAGCCCUCACAGACAUUGUGUCUCAAAUCAGGCUAAACGAGGAACAAAUUGCGACAGUGUGUGAGUCAGUGCUGCAAGCCCUUGCAUACUUGCAUUCCCAGGGUGUGAUUCACAGAGACAUUAAGAGCGACUCCAUUCUCCUGACCCUUGAUGGAAGGGUGAAACUCUCAGAUUUUGGCUUCUGUGCUCAGAUCAGUAAAGAUGUACCAAAAAGGAAGUCCCUGGUGGGAACUCCAUACUGGAUGGCUCCGGAGGUUAUUUCAAGGGCCCCAUACACUACUGAGGUGGAUAUCUGGUCUCUAGGGAUCAUGGUGAUAGAGAUGGUGGAUGGAGAACCCCCCUAUUUCAGUGACUCACCAGUCCAAGCAAUGAAGAGACUCCGUGACAAUUCUCCUCCCAAACUGAAAAAUUCUCACAAGACUUCUCCAGUUCUGAGAGACUUCUUGGAACGGAUGUUGACACGAGAUCCUCUAGAAAGAGCAACAGCACAAGAGCUUCUGGAUCACCCCUUCUUGCUCCAGACUGGACUUCCAGAGUGCCUAGUCCCCCUUAUUCAGCAGUACAGGAAGCGCACCUCCACCUGCUGA